AUGUUACGAUCCAGUCAACAUAUACGACCUAUUUGGAGUCGUAACUUUCAUCAAACAACUACAUUUUAUGGAAAACAAUUACUUCGUAAAUUACGUGAUGAUGAUAUUGAUCCUUUAACCAUUAGAAAACACCAACAACAACAACAACAACAACAACAACGUCGAAAUCAACGCAAGAAACCAUCGGAAGAAUUUGAAACUAAAUCUACUACAAGUUAUAAUCUCAAAGGAGCUUUAAAAGUAUUACAAAAUCAAUAUGAUUCAGUAACAUUUAGAGAUCCCAAUAAUAAUAAACCUAUAGAUAUCCAAAAAUUAACGACCCAACAAAUCAAGUAUUCAUCACCAAUAUCAAAAUUAAUAUUUAAAAAUUUAAUGCAAGUGAAAAAAUUAAGUGGGAGACAAAUUAAUCGAAAUUUAGCACUUGCUUUAUUAGGUACUGAUGGGAAACAAUUACAAGAUUCAUAUUAUAUUUGUGAGAAUGUUAAAGAAUUAUUAAAAAUUGAUAAUGAUAUUGAAAGAGCAAUGUAUUUAUGUCAAAUUUCCGAUAAAAAUUGUAGUAUUGUUGGUUCAAAUGAAAUUUUACAAUGGUUAUUAUCAAAAGGGAAAAUUAAUCAAGCUUUGAAAUUGUUUAGUAAACGGAAAUCAAGUGGUAUACCUACAAAUUUACAAACUUAUGUGAUUUUAUUUCAUGGAAUUGCUAAAGCCAUACCAUGGGGUGACGACAAUCAACAAAAACAACAAGGAAGUACUAUUGUUAAUGAAGAACUUUUCAAUAGAGUUGAAAAAAUUUUUAAAAAUUGGCGAUUAGAAUUAGCAACCAAUUCUUCUUCUUCUUCUUCUUCUUCUUCUAAAACGGUUCCAAUUGAAGUAUUUAAUGCAUGUUUAAGUGUAUUAGUUAAAGAUUUCCGUGAUGAACAAGUUAGAGCAUGGGAUUUUUUCAAUGAAUUAAUGGCCAAUCCUAAAGAAAAUUUACAAUCAAUUAAUCCUGAUUCUAAAACUUUUACGAUAUUUUUAAAAGGAAUAAAGAAAUAUUUUGAUAAUGAAAUGGAAAAAAUAAUGAUCAACAAUAAUAGUCCAACAAUUUCAAAUAAUGAAUGUAUUAUUAGAUUAUUAGAUAUUGAAGCUGGUCAUAUCAAAACAUCACAGAAAAUUUUCGAAAGAGCUAAACAAUUAGCUUUACCACCAUUGCCAACAACUUCUAAUAAUGGUGAUCCAGAAUUAGAUUCAUUUAAUAUUCAUAAAUGGAAUAAAGAAAAAAUUGAAUUAGAUUCUCCAUUGAUUGUUAGUUAUGUUAGUCUGUUAUGUAAUGGAGGAGGAGGAGGAGGAAUAAUAACAAACUCAACAACAACAACAAACUCCAAAAUUAAAAUUAAAAUUAAACCACCCAUUGGUUCACAUUAUUUAUAUAAUGAAAAAGCUUUAUCUAUAUUAAAACAAUCAUCACCAGAAAUUGAUUCAUUAUUGAAAUUUGUCCAACAAGUUAUUGGUGAACAAGAAGAAGGCAAAGACAUAGAUACCGAUAGCCCUAUAAUUGCUAAGAAAUCAUUUAAAUCUAGAAUUGAUAGGAAAAUCAAUUUAGCAAUUGAACAAGCCAUACAAUCCAAUAUAAAAUUAAAAUUUAAUGAUAAAAUUAAAAAUUUAGAUCCUUAUAAAAUUGCCAAUUUAAUUAAUGAUAAAAAUUUUAAUCCUGAAGUGAUUAUGCCUACCAAGAAUAGUAAAAAUUUUAAUGGAUUACAACCAGUUCCAUUAAUUGAUUUCACCAGAGAAAUUGGCAGGGCAAAUAAUCAUGGGAUGACGAAAUUUUUAUUGAUGCCAUUAUUUGAUUCAUUAACUAACAUGGGUAAAUUAAAUGAAUUUGUCAUUGCAUUUUGGUAUGCUAUGAUUAAAUGGGGUGGAUUACGUAUAAAUUUAUCAAUUUUUAAUAAUAAUAAUAAUAAUAAUAAUAAUAAUAAUAAUAAUACCACCACCACCACCCGCAAUGUUUUAAAUGGUGUAAUCAAAGACUCGGAAACUUUGUCAGUAUCAAAUAUGGCAGCAGGUAAGAAGUUAGAUCGUUCAGUGAUUGAUGAAGUGAUUCUUGGAAUAUUUAUUAAUAAAAUAACUGAAUAUGGACGUGAAAAAGGAUUAACUAAAACUCAUUUAAUCAUGGAAUUAUUUCAAACUUUAAUAUCAAAAGAUUUAAAUCCUCCUCCUCCUUCUCUUGUUGGUAAAGAUAAAGAUAAAGAUAGAAUACAAAUUCAAUUCAAAUAUUUAAUGAGAAUUUGGUGGGCGAUUCAUGAUGAUUUAGAAUAUUAUCAUGCCUAUAAUCAAAAUAAUAACAAUAACAAUAAUAGCAAUAACAAUAACAAUAAAGUUGAUGAUAAAGAUUUACGAUUUAUUCAAUUGGAACAAUUUUUAAAAAAUUUAAUUAUAUUUAAUGAUAUAAAUUAUCAAUGGUCAAGAAAUUUAUUAAUGAAAAAACUUAUACCUGAUGAAUUUAUUGAUCAAAUAAAUCGAAUUUUAAUAAGAUUAAAUCAUUUAAAUUGGUUUAAUAUUGGAAAUGAAAAUGAAAAUGAAAACAAAAAAAUUUAUUUAUAUAAAUUAAUGUUAAAAUCAUCAAUUAAAUUAUUAAUCCCACAAAGAUUUAUUACUGCAAAGAAAAAUGGAAACGGAAACACAAACACAAACACAAACACACUGGUAGUUGUGUCCACUUAUCCUAAAUUAAUGGAACAAGAAAUAUUUCGAUAUAUAUUUGUUAAAUUAUCUAAAACUGAUAAUUUAACUGAUAAUAAUAUCAAAUUAUUAAUGGCUCUUAAAAAAUAUAGAAAGGCAAAACCUUAUAAUGAUGAAGAAGCUGAAAAAUUAUUUAAAGAAACAACUAAUGCCAUUUAUGAUGCUAUAGAAAUUGGUGAUACUAAAUUGACUAAAUCUGAUAUAAAAGAAGAAGAAGAAGAAAACAAAGUGAGUGGGUAA